AACUUACAAGUUUCGUUGGUGUAAAUUUCCUUGGUUUCCAGACAUCUGGCCUACUUGUUUGCUUAUAGCCCAUCCGCAAUUCAGCUAACGUGCGCCAUUUUUGGAUUUUAUGACCUUUGUUUUUAAAGACCGUUCGCGACCGCUUACGUCCGAAUAUAUGCAUGUUGAUAUGGACGCGAUCGGUUGUGUACACAGCUCAGCGGUAGGCUAUUGCGUACGAGCGUUUUUAGAGUUUGGUAUUAUAUUAAAUACAUUAUACAUUUCAGCCCAACUAUUAGCCGACAGAGGUGGCGGAGCAUUACUAUAUAAUUCCAAAGUAUAAUAUUCAAUUUAGCAAUUUUGGGGUCUUAAUAAUAAUAAUAUUAAUAAUGAUACUAAUAAUAAGCAUUUUGAAAGUCUAUCUAGAAAUUUGUACGGAAUAAGAGGCCUAGGUGCUUUAAACCUGCGAUAAAGCAAUAAAUGAAAACGUCUGCGAGAUAAGAAAACUACCCGUCAGAUGUUGCGCAAGAGCCACGGGUCACGAGUCACGUAUGUUUUCACCGGGGCCUAGACAACUCGCCACAAAAACAACCCGCCCCAAGACAGCUCGACACAAUACCCUGGACAUCUCGCAACAAUACCCUGCACAACUUGCUACGGUCGAGUUGUCCAGGGUAUUGUGGCGAGAUAUCCAGGGAGGGUAUUGUGUCGAGUUGUUCAGGGGCGAGCUGUCUUUGUGGCGAAUUGUAGCGCAUGUAGAAGUCAGUGUAUGGUGUGCGUAAAGUGCGCAGUUUUGAUGUCAUCGCAAUCGAGGAGGGAAUCUUGCUGCCGUCUCUGUAAAAGAAGGAGGAAAAAGGGCUUUAAAAGUGUGAUCUUGAAGCGCAAACAAGCUUUUGUCAAUGCUGCAUGCGAAGGUGUACUGAAAUGGAGUUCUUGCGAAUGUCCAUCCACACCAGUGACUGGGAGAAGCUCUCAUAGCGUGGCUUACGUCAAUGGUAAAAUCUUCUUCUUUGGAGGAUGCUCUGGAUCAAGAACUGCUUUCAAUGACAUGUGGAAUCUUGACCUGAGUACACGAGAAUGGACUCGCGUGCUGGGUUCAGGUUCAUACCCCAGCCCUAAGGGAUCAGCAACCAUGGUCAACUACAAGGGUAACCUGAUCCUCUUUGGCGGACUUGCUCCACCUGUGCCACAUCCCCCUCAUCUUGCACCUCAAAUUUUCAACGAGCUUCAUGUCUACCGCCCUCAUAAGAACAAGUGGUCUUGUGUGGCAACAAGUCCGUCACCCCCACCCAUGGCAGGCCAUUCUGCUAGCAUUAUAGGAAGCAAGAUGGUGGUGUUUGGUGGACUACUGGAUGGGCAACAAAGACAAAAUGCUGCGACACAAGAUUUCAUUAGCUGCACUGCCUAUCAGGCAUAUUUGUGUUCUCCUGAAGACUUGUCUUGUGAUGCGUUUGGAUCCUAAUUGCUGAGAGAAUGACGGCAAUGCUUUAGGGUUGGCCUUACUCAAGGAAUAGUCUCUAGAAACAGACUCUAUAUGACGGCAAUGCUUUGGGUUGGCCUUACUCAAGGAAUAGUCUCCAGAAACAGACUCUAUAUCACGCUUUGUAGCUCAUUUGAAAGGCGUACAAUGGCUCAGGGUAAUGAGAGUGUAGUAUCCAGACUGUGCAUGCAACAUUGGUCCAUGCCACUUGGUCCUUUAUCCAGCUUGUAAAGUUAUUCCAUGCCCCUCUUCUGUGUCCUUACAGUAUGUGUGAUGGUGUGAAAUCUUAUAUUUCCUGCGUGCACACAUGUACAGAAUCAGCCAAAGAUAAACAGAGACACACAAUUAGCA